GGGGGAGAUCCGGAAGUCAACACCAUGUCGAGUCUGCACAAGAGCCGGAUUGCAGAUUUCCAGGAUGUCCUGAAGGAGCCCAUGAUUGCCUUGGAAAAGCUUCGGGAACUCAGUUUUAGUGGCAUCCCCUGUGAGGGCGGACUGCGAUGCCUCUGCUGGAAGAUUCUCUUGAACUACCUCCCCUUGGAGAGAGCCUCAUGGACCUCCAUCCUGGCCAAGCAGAGGGAGCUGUAUUCUCAGUUCCUGAGGGAAAUGAUCAUCCAGCCUGGCAUCGCCAAGGCCAACAUGGGUGUGUCCAGGGAGGAUGUGACCUUUGAGGACCAUCCGGCCGAGGACAGCGUGGCUCAUUUUCCCGCACAGCCUCUGAACCCCAACCCUGACAGCCGGUGGAACACGUACUUCAGGGACAACGAGGUGCUGCUGCAGAUCGACAAAGAUGUCCGGAGGUUAUGUCCAGACAUAUCCUUCUUCCAGAGGGCUACUGAGUACCCCUGCCUCCUCAUCCUGGAUCCUCAGAACGAAUUCGAGACCCUUCGUAAGCGGGUGGAGCAGACGACCUUGAAAUCCCAGACGGUGGCUCGGAACCGGAGCGGCGUCACAAAUAUGAGCUCCCCACAAAAGAACUCGGCGCCCUCCAUGAACGAGUAUGUGGUGCUGCCCAACGGCUGUGAGGCCCACUGGGAGGUGGUGGAGCGGAUCCUGUUCAUCUACGCCAAGCUCAACCCCGGCAUUGCUUACGUGCAGGGCAUGAACGAGAUCGUGGGGCCCCUCUACUACACCUUUGCCACCGACCCCAACAGCGAGUGGAGAGAGCAUGCUGAGGCAGAUACCUUUUUCUGCUUCACCAACCUCAUGGCUGAGAUCCGGGACAACUUCAUCAAGAGCCUUGACGACUCACAGUGUGGCAUCACCUACAAGAUGGAAAAGGUGUACUCCACCCUGAAGGAUAAAGACGUGGAACUCUACCUGAAACUGCAAGAGCAGAACAUCAAGCCCCAGUUCUUUGCCUUCCGCUGGCUGACCCUGCUGCUGUCCCAGGAGUUCGUGCUGCCUGACGUCAUCCGGAUCUGGGACUCCCUCUUCGCCGACAGCAACCGCUUUGAUUUCCUCCUCCUGGUCUGCUGCGCCAUGCUCAUACUGAUUCGGGAGCAGUUGCUGGAAGGGGACUUUACCGUAAACAUGAGACACCUGCAGGAUUACCCUAUCACAGACGUUUGCCAGGUCCUUCAGAAAGCCAAGGAACUCCAAGACUCACAGUAGCCUGGCGGCAAAAGACCCACGUUUGGAAGAGAAGCCCCUGCCGACCCCGGUGCCCUGGCUUCUGGGACAUGCAGAAGCCUGUGGGGUCCCAGCCAGAGGGGCCGAUGCUGGACUGGCCUGCUCCAGGUCUCGCCCUGGCCUCCCGUCAGGGGCCUGCUGUGCCCCACUCUUUCCUGACCACUGAGCCCGGGCUCCUCCCCACCCUUCAGCCCUGGACCUUCUGCCCAGGCCACAAGCAAGGCAGGGGCUUUCGAGGUGGUUUCCCGGGGCUGGGGCAGACUGCGGGCCCCUCCCUGCCUCUGCUCUGCCUCUCCCUUCCUGCCCUCCUGCUCCGUCUUCUGGGCUCUGGUCGGGGAGGUGCUCGGCAAACGGGCCAGAAACCGCUUUUUCUGGAGGUUGGUGCUUCCUGGGCUUCUCCAUGGGGAAGGUGACACUGUGAAGGAGCUAAGAGGCUGCCAGGCCCAGGUCACACCUUCUGUCCCUUUCCCACUGAGUGUGUGUGUGUGUGUGUGCGUGUGCGUGUGCGUGUGCGUGCGCACUUGUGGGUUGCUGUGUAUGUCUUAUUCCCUCUGGCAUGAGCUUCUCCUCCAGUCUGUGUGUGUGUGUGUGUGUGUGUGUGUGUGUGUGUGUGUGUGCGUGUGUGCGUACGUGCGUGCGUGUGUGUGUGCUUGUGGAUUGCUAUGUAUGUCUUAUUCCCCCUGGCGUGAGCUUCUCCUCCAGUCUGUGUGUGUGUGUGUGUGUGUGUCCAUGUGUAUGGAGGAAGGUGACCUUCCUCUAGUCUGUUUCUUUGUCUUGUCACCUCUCUGCCUCCGUCUCCCUUUCUCUCCCUCUGGCUCUUUCACGGAGGGUGUGUGGCUCUCCUCUGUCCACUGCUCUCUCCAUUGCUGUCCGUUUGCCCUUUUUUCUUAGGUUGCCUUAUCCCCAGCCCCUCCCCUCCCCUCUCCUCAACGUUGGCUCAGAACCCUGGAGACAGAAUGAAGAGUCUGGCUCAGCAGAGCUCCUGAAGGUCAGCCUUGGCCUUUGCAGCCUGUUCCCAUCCCCCAGCGCUGGGCACCCAGGGCUCCCAGCUCACAGUGCCUCACCAUGGAGUUCUUGGAAACCCCAACCUGCUAAGAGCGGUUGGCCCGUGAAGAGCCAGCGCCCUCCUGCCCAGGGAGGGAGGAGAGGGAGAGCUGAGUCUUCCAGAGGUUUCCUCAAAGGUCCUCUCCCAAAGGCAAAAAAGCAUUAAAGUUGGGAUCCAGGUGCUCUGGAGGUGUAGUCGUUCCCAUGGCUUCCAGGUGCCGGCCCAGGGCAGGCGAGUCCCUGCAAGGGGAGCCUCUCGGGGGCGGGCGGGACUGAGCUCCAAGGCUUGGGUCCCGUGCAGGCCUGGAGGGCCGCGUCCCCCCGCUCAGGAGGGCUGAAGGCGGCGCUGUCCCUCCUCGGGUCUGGUGCUCUGACUGGGGUCUGAGGCAUCUGGAGUAGGCGAGCUGGCUCCUCGCACCCUGGGCCUGUUCUGACCGGGAGCCUCCCUCCUCUUGUGAGGAGGCAGGGGGUUUGCAUCUGGAAGCCUGGAUGAGUAGGUCCUCUUCAUCUCCCGAGACCGGCCAUCAGGACCCCCCAAAGCCUCCCUGAGUCUGACAGCCAGAACGUGGGGCUGAGGGCCGGGAACAGCUUCCCACAGGCAGCUCCUGCCAGGCUGUCCCAUGGAUGCUUUACUUGCCUUUUUCCUCCUCUCCCAGAACAAUAUUUGGGAGAUUUUACUAUUUAUUCAGACUCCUGGUUAUUUAUUGCAGAUUGGCAACUGCUUGUUUGGGGGAUGAAGGGUAGGGCUCGGAAAGUGGAAAUAUGAUCUUCCCGACCUUUCAGGUCCUCCAGCAUCCUCUUCUACCUGCCUCUGGGACCUUCCUGGUUUUCCAGGAGAUCCUGGCUGGGAGGGCUCUGAGCUCUGUAAUAGAGCUGGGUGUAAGGGGACCUGGUGUGUAAAGACCCUGGCAUGGGGCAGAAACACACUGCUUGCCAGCAGGCUGGUCACCCUCUUCCCAGAACUUUUUGGCUGGUAGUUCACUCCCAGCUUGAUCCCUUCAGAGCCUGAGUCUUGGGCCACAGCCUGGGACCCAGCAGACACUUCCCAGGACCCUGAUGCAUUCUCUCUUGCCUGUCCCUCUGCCCUCCCUCCUGGACCAUACUACUUGAAUCACUGCAUCUGAUUCGCCUCAUUGACAGGCCUGGGUCCAGUGCCCUCUCCUUGGCCUUGUGAGAAAGGUCAAAAGAGCACAGGGACCAUACCCAGGUUAGACUGAGCUCCCACAGUGGGAGGACCUGCCCCUUGCCCCACCCCAGACUCUCAAGGGAGGCCCCAAGAGCCAGAGACUCCCAGGCUUCCUACUUGGAAGCUCCCCCAGGACUUUGGACAUGUACAGAAUGAGCUGAAUGAAUUCAGGUCUCACUCCAAGGGUCAGAAUGUUAGUCUGCUUUUGUUUUUUCAUCUGUUUUUGUUCUUUUGAAUCAAUGCUGUUGAUGACAAGUUGUCUUUAAUAAAUCAUGUGUUCUUUGCA